GUAAACACUACGUUGCGUCAUUGUUAUUGUGCUAGUUGGAGCGCCAGCUGCUCACGUACAUUUCACUCACAUUUAAGGCCUCUAAAGCUGUGAACCAGAAGAAUUAUACCACCGCAAUGUCGCUCCAAAAGGACGUUUCGUCUGACGAGAGUUUGCAAGGUUCCUGGGUUGAGCUGCAUUUCAGUGGCUCUCAAAACACCAGCCACCAUGGGAGCCAGGAGCACAUCCCCUCCUCCAGCCAGGAGGGCGACUUGGAGAAAAUGCUGCUGGACGCUCAGCAUGAGUCAGGCAGAAGUAGCUCCAGGGGAAGCUCUCAGUGCAACAGCCCACUCAGAGCGCAGACCCCACUUCUUAUGUGGAGGGGCUCAGAGGGAAACAGCUCACAGUCUGAUGAAGACUUCCAAGAAAGGAGAAGGGAAGUGGAGAACCUGAUGAAGAAAAACGCUGAUUGGAUCUGGGACUGGUCUAGUCGACCUGAGAACAGUCCACCAAAGGAGUUCCUGCUGAAGUACCCUAAGCGCUCGACCUCUCUCAGCAUCAGGAACACCAGCGUCAUGAAGAAGGGAGGCAUUCUGUCCCCUGACUUUCUGAAGAUUUUCCUUCCCUCAUUAAUCAUUUCUCACAUACUUGCCGUCGGCUUGGGAAUCUAUAUCGGGAAGCGCCUCACCUCACAUAACACCUACUAGAUAGGAUGGUGGUGUGUUGCGACACCUCGUCACCUUCAUACAACCAUCUCAGCAUGCCUUAAAAUGGGACCCUCAGAAGAUCAAGGGAGACAUGGCCAUGUUACGUGGUCCAAUUUGAUUGUCCUCACCAGCAUGGAGAGUUCAGGAUCUGUCAUUGUACACCUCUGAACACAGCACUGACCAAUCCACGGCUCUUUGCUGUCGUCCUGGAGAUGACUGUUUUGCUGCUUUCUGCUCCUUAAAUCUGCACGUUAGGGAACUGAAUAAUAUUGUAUGUUUCUGCCUUUUAUUUUUGUGAUUGAAUUGAAAUCACGUUUGAUUUAAAAAUAACGUACUGUUGCAUUUUUUUUUUAGAUCAGCAGUGGAUCAAGAAAAUAGUUUUGACUUAAGUAUUUUUUUAAAUUUUGUUUAUCCAAAGCAUUAUUAACCUAAUGUUUAAGUGAUUGCGCCUCUUACUGAUUGCUCAGUUGUGCAUUAGUAAAAUGUUACUGUAAUGAAAAUCAACUGUUUGCUUAUUAAGCACAGAUGUGGUCCAUUUGUUCAUCCUAAACUAAAUAAAAGUUGGAAGUGUA